AUGAUAGAACAGGAAACAAGAAAAAUGAUGGGAAUCCUCCAAUCCGAAGCACUCAAUUCUGGUUAUGAUGCAAAAGGAUGUUUUACUCCGCUGAAGCAACAAGGUGCUUUUGCCAAAGGUCAGACAAAAACGGCUCAUGUAGAGGAGGAAGUUCCACCUUUGCUUGGAGAAAAUGGAAAAAUUGAGAAAAGACGGAAUUACCCAAGGAGGAUAUUUGAAAAUUUUACAGUGGAGAUUGCUAUAUUUGUCUUUACUCCUACCAUUUUGAUGAAAAGAAAGAAGAUCACUACCUGUGCUGUUGGAUUGGGAAGGAUAGCAUCCAGAACAGGUAAAGAUAUAAUAGAUGGUGUGGUUGUUGAUGAGGAGGCAGUUGGGAGUGGCGCUAAAAUCCUCCAUGGUGAAGCUGCUCUUGCCCAUUAUCUAUCACAACACUUAAUAGGUAACUUGGAAGGAAUAUUUGCCCCUGGUGUCACUUACCUAAACUCGCUGAGCAGUUUUUUUGCAAGCAAAUGCAAUAUGUCCUUCGGAUCCACUUGUCAUGAACAAAUUCAUUGGGCACACAAAAGAUGUCAUGGGUUUGAUCAACUGUUUCUUGCAGAAACUUUGGAUGUUGUUCAAGACAUUGAUUGGGUCAUUUCUCUUGGAAAUGCUUUUGCAAAGCAGUAUGAGCUUUAUACAUAUGAUGAUGAGCAUUCUGCACUACUUCACAGAAAGUUGAUAACAUGA